UUUUCAUAUCUCUUUGUCGUUUACCACUUAUGAAGUUUAUUUUUAUUGUAGAUGAUUAAAGAACGCAAGGAACUCUAUCUAGAAAACUUGAAGAAAAACUCCGACAAUGAAGAUGAUGGGACGUACGGAAAGAAAAAAAUGAGUUUCUUAGAUACUCUCCUUGACAAAUUGCAUGAAGGGGAAAUAGACAAAACGAUGUUGAGAGAAGAGGUGGACACAUUUAUGUUCGAGGGCCAUGAUACAACGGCAGCAGGAAUUACAUGGACAUUAUACUUCAUAGCCGCUAAUCCAGAUGUACAAAAGAAGUUACAGAAAGAAGUCGAUGAUUUCUAUGAUGAAAAUGAAGAACCUACACUGACCAACCUUAAGAAACUAGUUUAUCUGGAAUGUGUUAUCAAGGAAGUUCAACGGCUUUAUCCAUCAGUUCCUAAUAUCGGACGAGUGGCUGCUGAGGAUUUCAAAAUUG